CAGUCAUCUUACUUUUUUUUUGGUGUUUAGAGAGGCACAAGGGCGGGGGUGAGAAUCAAUUAGGGUUGGCAAUCCCUGACCCGACCCGAUAACCCGAACGAACCCGACCCGAAGUUACUGAGAGAAACCCGAACUCGACCCGAUCCGAACCCAAAUAACCCGAAUUCGACCCGAUUUGACCAAAAUUUCAUAUUUCGUAAUAAUUUUAAGUUUUGCAAUUACACUUUUAUUUCUUGUUUUUACGGAAAACAAAAACAAAAACCUAAAACCAAAACCAUAACCAAAAGACCCAUUUGUAAAUUUUGCAGCACCCAAAUUAUUGAUACAUACUCGGGUUACCACACAAAAGAAAAACCGGUGGCUUGGUUGCACUCUUUCUCCAAACGAUUAAAACCGAAAAAGCUCAAUCAAACAACAAUGGCAGCUAAUUGCAUUCUCUCAAUUCAUAGCAAUUCAACCCCAACUUCACUCUUCCCCUUAACUCCUUCAAACUCCCUUCAAAUUCCAUCCUCUUCAUUUCUCAAGAUUAGGGAUAACACCAAAUUCAACAAUGGCGUUUUUACAACAACAAUCGGAAUGAGAAGAAGAAAGGGAGGAAUUGUCUGCGGAUUUCUGCCAGUAGAUCCAUGGGCACCCACCAUUGAUUCUCAAAGCAUUGCUUCUCAGCUUUUCGCUUUCUCUCUCUUCCCUUAUCUGGGUUUUCUCUACUUCAUCACCAAGUCUAAGUCUGCUCCUAAACUCACCGUUUUUGGGUUCUAUUUCUUGCUUGCUUUUGUCGGUGCUACCAUUCCUGCUGGAAUCUAUGCGAAGAUACACUAUGGAACAUCCCUCUCUAAUGUGGACUGGUUGCAUGGUGGGGCUGAGUCUCUGCUCACUUUGUCAAACCUAUUUGUUGUGCUGGGGUUGAGAAGGGCUCUAAAGAAACCUAUACAUUCUGAAGAGAAUCAAUCUAAAGAAGUUUCAAGAUUGAAAGAGGAGAACCCUUCCUCGUAGAUAUAAUAAUGCAAUUGCUGCUGCAACUAAUGAAUUUGAAGGUUAAUGUUACCUCAACUGCCAAAUGUUGCCACAUGGUGCAUCUUGUAGAUAUCGUGCUGGAAAGAUGGGAUUUCCUGAGCUCAUUUUGUUGUAAAUAUAUUUUUAUUACUAUACAUGUUGCUUAUGUUAAACUUAUCCAUCUUUUCUUCCAUUUGUUCUCCACACUCUUAUUCAGAUAAUACAUGAUUAUCUACUUAAUUUGCCUGUAUCUUCAAAUAGGGUUCAAUAGUCUCUAAAUUAAGUGGAACUUACAUAGGACUAUGGAUUUGUUUUAAUUCCCUGUUUCCAUUUCGCUGUGCUAUUCAAUUUCUAUAACUUGGGUAUGAUUAUUCUUCACAAGGAUCUUCUUUAACCGUUAUUUUUUUUUUUCCUUUUUUUCUCAAAUCGAUUUAUGUGAGUUUCUAGAGAUAAAGGCUCAAAUCCUUACCCUUUCAAAAGGAAACAACCCUUACAAAACUACCCAAACUGUUGCCCCUUUUUCUCAAUGUGAGAAUAUGGCCUAAUGGCCCUGCUUUUCUAGUACUAGAGCUCCUCUAUUCACAUUCAUUUUAGCUUAUUUUCCUAAAGAUCUGGAUCACUAGCUGAUUUCCAGCCCCAAUCCUCAAAAAAAUAUAAAAAUAAAAAAUUAGGCCUUCCCCUUGCUUUUCCAGCACUAAAGCCCUCAUUUUUAAAAAAAAUUCAAGGUCUUCCCCUCUCUAUUAUAGCUCUGUCAAGUUCUUCAGAUUGUGCUUGCGAUUAGUUUUAACCUUCAUCCCAGCUAAUUCCCAUCGCAGUUCAGAGCCUAGCUGUAAUCCUUUUUUUUUAAAAAAAAUAAAUAAAAUAAUGUGUUAACUAGAAUACUAGUACUAGCAAAGAGCCCAACUAUGCACUCUUCACAUGAAAUAAUUUGUUUUGGUUUGAAUUUCUUAAGGUCUGAUAUGGUUUGAUCUGAAUUUUCUGAUCUGAUCUGUUAUUUAUUUCUAUGGUUUGAUUGAACUUUUACUGCAUUUGUAUACUAAAAUAUACUCUGAGAAACACUUGUCAAGUGGGUCUAAUUAGAUUUGUCUUAAUGCGUAGUUUUCACUUCAUAGCUGUUUUGUUUGUCCACGAAC